AUGUCGUCGAUUGAAACAUUAGCUACUAAAUUAGAAUCGGAUACUGAACGUCUUGUACUUCGACCACAACGACCACCACCACCGCCACCUAUACAAUCUGAACCUUCUAUUCCCAAUGAACUUAAGAGAAUAUCUUUUCAACUUGAGACUACAUCUUCAUUUAUGGAAAUACCCAGUGAAUCUAACAAAGAUGUAAAAGAUAAUCAUUCAUCAUUUCUAUUCGAAUUCCAAGAUCUAUUCGAUUCAUUUGAUUAUGAAACAAUUCGUAAUAAGAUUUUAAGUCGACAAAUGAUAACAUGUCCAUUUACUACUGUUUUAUGGCGUAUUUUUUUACAUUGUUUACCACGUGAUUCAAGUCAAUGGAAUCAAAUAAUUGAUGCAUCACGUGAUAAUUAUAAUGAACUUGUUGAUAAACAUCUUCUUGAUUUAAAAAAAAUACGAGAAAAUAAUAGUAAUGUAAAAGAUGUCAAUCAUCCACUUUCUCAAGAGGAAAAUAGCCUUUGGAAUCAAUAUUAUGUUUAUGAAGAACUCAAAGAAAAUAUUUAUCAAGAUGUUAUACGAACUUGUCAAGAAAUAUCAUUUUUUCGACAAAAAUACAUUCUUGAUCUUUUAUUACAUGUUUUAUAUAUUCAUAGUCGACAUUAUGGAGAAUCAUUACCUUAUCGACAAGGUAUGCAUGAAAUUCUCGCUGUUAUUGUUUAUUUAAUUCAUUCAGAAAGUAUAACAGUAAAUGAAUAUUCUGAAUCAAAUGAAUUAAUGAAAAAACUUUAUGAUCCAAAAUAUCUUGCUCAUGAUUCUUUUGCAAUUUAUGAAAAAAUUAUGGAACAUCUUCAACCAUUUUAUGAUUUUAAAUCAAGCAAUUCAGUUAUACGUAAAAAUAUUAAUAUGAAUGUUAAUAAAUCUAUACCAUUUCGACGAGCACAAGAUAUACAAGUUCAAAUGAAUGAUACUGUCAUGCGAGUGAACUCGAUUUUUGAACGUUUAAAAAACUAUGAUCUGUCACUCUAUGAUAAACUUCAAAAUUUAAGCAUUGAACCAACAAUCUAUGGCAUACGUUGGCUUCGGCUUUUAUUUGGACGUGAAAUUCCCUUUGGUUCUAUUCCAAGUAAUACAGUACUGGUCAAGAAUAUAAGACCAAUGUAUUUUUCAUUUUUUUUUUCUACAAUAUCAAGCAAUUAACUCAAAUUAAAAUAUUCGUUUGAAUAGUCAAUGUAGUUCUCUAUCAAAUGUGUUUCUAAUUGAAGUUUCAUAGACGAACUAUGAAGGACAGGCUUCUGAAAAAGUAAACAUGAUAGUUUUCAGAUUCCAGAAGACUGUCAAAAUUAGUUUUUGAGCAUCCCAUCUCAAAAAACACAAAACUCUGAAAAAAAAAUGAGAGGUUGCUGUAUUUCUUAUGGCACUCUCUUAAAAAGUUUUCUUUUAUCAUUUUUUGUAAUGCUUAUAACUUUUUAAUAGAAGGUUGUAGGAAAUUCAGUAACAUCUCAUCUUAUUCAAG